GUUGAGAUAGAGGAAUGUGGUGAAGGAAGCCCAGUCUGACACGUAGGCAAAAUCUGUGAAAAAAAAGAUAAGAUGCAGAAGAAAUUGUAUUUAUAACAAUGGUGAUUGAAAUUCAUUGUGAAAAGUAGGAGCGCAUUGGGGGCUAUUAAUACCCAAUUUCCCUGCGCCACCUCAAACCAGAAAAGAAGGAACUUCAGGUUUGAAUUCCUCAACCAGAGGUCAAGCUUUCGAAUCACACAAGUACCUAACCAGGUCUCAAUUUAUAGCACUCAGCUCUGUUAACCAGCACGGACAUGGCGUGUAUUUCGUGCCCCUAUGGACUGGCUUACCGUGACUCGAUCCUUCGACCUGUCUCUCACAAUACGGUAGCCUUCAUUAACAGAAGACAUGUUGGGUUGUGUAGAAGUGGUUUUAAGCUUUCUAGAAGGAAGAUGAGGCUGGGAAGGGUAUGUUUUGUGCUCAGUGAAAAUGCCCAACAUGAGGCGAAGACCGAAGGUGAGGGCUCGGCUGCGCAGAGUGUAGAAUUUGCAGAGACUUUGAGGAAAAGUGUGGAGAAUGGAGUUGAACAGUUGACGGAAAGGGCCGCGAGGAAAAAGGCGGAGCGGUAUACUUAUUUGUUUGCGGCGGUGGCUUCCAGUCUUGGAAUUACCAGCAUGGCCGCCGGCGCAGUUUACUCCAGAUUUGUUUGGCAAAUGCAGGGCGAGGAUGUUCCUUUCACGGAGAUGUUGGGCACAUUUCUAUUUGCAGCUGGAGCCACGGUUGGAAUGGAGUUUUGGGCUCGCUGGGCUCACCGAGCUCUCUGGCAUGCCUCCUUGUGGCACAUGCAUGAGUCUCAUCACAAGCCUAGAGAAGGACCUUUUGAGCUGAAUGAUGUGUUUGCCAUCAUCAACGCUGUUCCUGCCAUUUCCUUAGUAGCUUAUGGAUUCUUUAACAAAGGCCUCGUGCCAGGCCUUUGCUUUGGAGCUGGACUCGGCAUUACAUGUUUUGGUAUGGCAUAUAUGUUUGUCCAUGAUGGGCUUGUUCAUCGACGUUUUCCUGUAGGGCCAAUAGCUGACCUUCCUUAUCUGAACAAGGUAGCAGCUGCACAUCAGCUUCAUCAUGCAGACAAGUUUGAUGGUGUACCAUAUGGUCUCUUCCUUGGACCUCAGGAACUAGAAGAGGUGGGUGGUCGUGAAGAACUAGAAAAGUUGCUCAAUAGUAAAAGGAAGUUCUCCACAGCCGCCAGUGAAGGCAAAGAGGCUAAGUAAUGAUAACUCUGAUUAUUUGUUGGAGUUACUUUCAUGGGCGUUUCCAGUUUCAUAUCUUGGAAUACUUAUUAAGAGAUGUUAAUUUUGACACAAUGAGAAUCUGGUCUGGCAUAUCCAAAAUAGUAUUUGAGAGAGAGUGUGCAAUAAAAGUAUGAGUUAAUGUUGUUAACAGAGAUGAUAUAGUGGAUCUCUGCCAGAUUGAGUUCAGAGAGAGUUUUCAUCUAGUAGUUUGUGUCAAUGCGAAAUAUCUCUGGAAUGUACGAUAUGUAUUUAGUAUAGUCGUAUCACAUUUGCCCUGGUUUCCCAACCCCUGUUUUCAAGGGUUGUAAAAUCUCUCUCCUGGGGUACAAUAAGUAAUUCCUUGAGGAGAUUCAUCUUUUUAACCUGGGAUUUGCUAUGUAAAGAUACUUCUGAAAAAUAAAUAGAAGCUUGGAAAGGAGAUUUUGUA